AUGUCUUCCAACAACAAAUAUCGAGUUGGAGACUUCGUUUACUUUGAAACAAAUGCAACCGCUCCUUAUCAAAUACGACGGCUUGAUGAACUCAUCAUGACCCCAAAUGGCGUGGAAGCCAAAGUGACAUGUUACUAUCGCCGUCGUGACAUAUCAAACCACUUAAUCCAACAAGCUGAAAAAUAUUCCCAUUUCAUCAUAGACUUCCACGAGGCUGACGGAGAAAACGGCGAACCUCUUUCCGAACUCGAACGGCAUCAAGUCAAACACAGAGAGCUCUUUUAUUCUCGCCAUACUGAAACCUUGCCUGCGACACAUAUUCGUGGAAAGUGUGCUGUUACGCUUUACAGUGAUGUGGAACCGUUUACUUCCUAUGUAAAUAAAGAGGACUUAUUCUAUUACCGUCUCAUCUAUGAUCCGACAACUAAAAAGCUCUCUGAGGAUCGUGGCUCCAUGCGUAUUGGGUCAGAUUUCCAGUGUGACAUUCAGCCUUUGCUAACUAAGAGUGAUGAAGAUCCUCGUUUCAAAGAAACCUGGGAGGAGCUUCAAUGGGACCCCAAGAAUGCUCUCUCGUGCUCAGAAGUUGAUUCCUUUUCUACCGCGGCCAAAGGAGUCGGUCUUUAUGGACGGGCUUGUGAUCCGUCAACCUCUCUUCAGAAUCCCUACCUCAUGAAUGCUGCUUCGGCGGCUAGUCGAGAUAUCACCCUCCAAUUUGCUCAUGAUUGUCUCUUUAAAGCUGGUUUUGAUGUUAGAAAUGCCAUGUCCCUGCUUCUACCCGAUGGUCAUCCUGUUGUGUGCAGAGAUGAGUUAGAAGCUUGGUCUUUCCACGAAUGUGCUCUUUUCGAAGGUGCGCUGGAGAAGUACUCCAAAAUCUUCCCUGACAUUAUAACUGAUGUUCUGCCUUGGAAGACUUCCAAAUCUAUUGUGGAAUUUUAUUAUUUCUGGAAGACUACAGAGCGUUAUACACGUCGCAGGAAAGAAAAGAUGGUAGCUAAGGACUCGAGGCUGAAGCAGGUCUAUAUUCCGGAUUAUAGUAAACCUAAUUCCUCGGUUCUCUACAGCCGCACGGAUGGCACCGAACGAGGUUGUGAAUGUUGCCUUGUUGGUACAUCUGUCCAAUGGUACGCCUGGGGUCCACCCACACUUAUGUGUCGUCUUUGUUCCGGUUGUUGGAUGUACUGGAAGAAGUAUGGAGGUCUCAAGAACCCUGAUAAGCGAGGUGGUCUUUCCGUAAACUCACGUCCAUCCCCUGAACAGCGCGUCCAAGAUCGGCUUGAAGCUAGAAAAUCUGCGGCGGCGGCAGCAAAUUCCGUGGCGUCUUCUAAUGCUUCAACACCGGCUCCGUCUGACUCCUGUGGAGUAGGUCAUCAAAAGGCCCCCUCGCAUCACCCCCACUCGGAGACUAGUUUGGGAUCGACGGUCUUUCGGUGUACACAACCAAACUGUACUAAGGAGUUCCGCAGCAAAGACAAUCUUGCUACCCAUCUUGCUCAGAUUCAUAACCUAUCGGCUUCGGAAGUUCAAAAUUGCUUGCUGGCUACGCUCUCAGCAGCCACAGGGCUUUACCAACAUGGUGCAGGUACUCAGGGUAUUCACACGUCUCAAACAAUUCGAAUCAUCCGUACCCUUUGUCCUCUUUUGCUUCGUCCGUCUGUUCUCGCACGUCGGCCUUCAGAUUUGGCAAAUUUAACUGCUCAGCAAAGAUCGCCCAAGGAUCCAGUCAUUUCUUAUGAUGAUCUUCUUGUUCGUCUUAAAACUCUUGCCAAGUCUAGAAUUCCAGCUCUACGAGAUCCCCAAGCAGUGCUAAAUCGGAAGCUCCCUAAUCGUCCCAUCGCAUCGGCGAUUAAGAAACUCCAACAACGUCUGGGUCAAAAUGAAUUUUCGUUUCUCCCCAGCAAACGCCAAAAGGAGCCGAAAAAUGGAGACAGCUUAAACGGAAUUGAGUCACCCAUGGAGAAGCGACCUCGCUUAGAAGCAUCAGAAAACAACGGUACCAGCAAUGGACAUAUAUCGGCGGCGAACUAA